CCAGCGUCGGUGCAUAUGGCCGGCGCCAUAACCACUGUGCUAUGGGCCCUGAGCUGCAAGUCCUACUCUUAACAGGUCCUAGGACAGCAAGGAAACAAGAAUGGAGAAACACUAGGUGAGGGAGGCAGGGGUAAGAACAUAGGCACACAGGAGAGGAUUCCAAAACAAAAGAACAACAUAAAACUGCCAAGGGGGCUAUUUACCAUGUAAAUACAUGCAAUCCAGUUCUGUAGACAAGUCCUGGAGCUGUACACUCAGCAGGAGCUUCACAAUAAGGAACAACUCUUUACAGGCCUGUUCAUCUCUCUAAGCACUGUGCAGUAGGUGUGGGCUGCUGGGUGAAUUAAAAGUGAUUAGAAGAUUUGUCUGUUUGGUUGUUUAUGAAAACCAAUUCGUGGUGUGGCCACUUUCUACUAGAUGGAGAGAACUCUCAUCGCAUUUCCAUGAGAGUGUGAGGGCGAAGCUUCUGCUGGUGCCAGAGCAGUUGACCUGGUUGCCAGCCCUGGCCUGGGAUGUUACUCCACAAGGCUUGGGAGGCAACUAGGCCAAGGGGAAAAAAUGACAAGGUGGAAGGCAGAAGAGAUAGUGGGUGCAAAGGCCCUGCGGCCUGGAGAACAAAAUAUGCUGGGAGUUUUUUGCUCCAGAGCAGGAUGGCCAGGGCUGGGUCAGAAGAGAGACCUGAUAACCAGGGAUACCAAGUCUAACCUUGUUUGCACUGGAUCCCCAAGAGCAAUGCAGAGCUCUGGCAGAAACAAUUGCAUCUGUGUCUUAACCAGGUCACUUAACCUGUUGUGUGGAUCACACUGAACUGGGGAUGUCACUAGCUAACACAUACAUACAACUGUUACUGCUUUCCACAUCUUAAUUUAUAUUUCAUCCUAAAAAUCCUAAGACAUAAACACUGUUAUCGUCUGCUUUUUUUUCCUGAUGAGGAAACUACAAGGGCGAUAAGGUCACAAUCUGGAUUUUAAACCCCAGCAGUCUGACUCCAGAAUCCGGGCCACCUCCCACUGGGGAGCGCUGGGAGCCGCCUGCGGGCUUGGGUGCCCUCGGAGACAGCCGCCCCAGCCGGCCCGAUAGCGCCUAGCCUGAGCGGCCCCCUGCCGGCCCGGACUGUUAGCGUCACCGCCCAGCCGUCCGCUGGCACUUCCGGAGCCGGGCGCCCGCAGCCGCCUCCGCGCGGCCUCCAUCGAUGAGGGCUCCAGGGCCUGACUGCGCAGGCGCGGAGCGGGGCGCGCUCAGGCGCUACUCUAGCCACCUCUGUCUGGGUCUUAGCGCGACCUCGGCGUCGAUGGCAGCCUAAAGGAAGAUGGCGGCCUCCUGCUGGAGGGUCACAUUGUGCGGAUACCGGCUAUGGCGGGGCUUCAGCACCUCGGCCUCGCUGAGCCGCCGGACCGCCCCUCUGGGGCCAAUGCCCAACGAGGACAUCGAUGUGAGCAACUUGGAGCGGCUGGUGAAGUACCGGAGCUUCGACCGCUACCGGCGCCGGGCGGAGCAGGAGGCGCGGGCCCCGCACUGGUGGCGGACCUACCGGCAGCAUUUUGGGAAGGAGACAGAUCCCAAAGACAAAAUUGAUAUUGGGCUGCCUCCACCCAAGGUUUGCCGAACCCAACAGCUACAGGAACGGAAAAGAGUUAUCCGGGAGCUUCGGGCCAAUGUGGAAGAGGAGCAGGCUGCCCGCCUCCGUACAGCCAGCAUCCCAUUGGAGGCUGUGCGGGCUGAGUGGGAGAAGACCUGUGGCCCCUACCACAAGCAGCGUCUGGCUGAGUACUGCGGCCUCUACAGAGACCUGUUUCAUGGUGCCACCUUUGUGCCCCGUGUCCCCCUUCAUGUGGCUUUUGCUGUGAGCGAUGAGGACCUGGUGCCUGUGUACUUUGGCAAUGAGGUUACUCCGACUGAGGCUGCCCAGGCCCCAGAGGUGACCUAUGAAGCAGAAGAGGGUUCCAUGUGGACACUGCUGCUCACCAACUUGGAUGGACACCUGCUGGAGCCAGAUGCUGAGUAUAUCCACUGGCUGGUAACCAACAUCCCAGGCAACAGGGUGGCUGAAGGACAGGAGACGUGUCCCUACCUGCCCCCUUUCCCUGCCCGAGGCUCUGGCUUCCACCGCUUCACCUUCUUGCUCUUUAAGCAGGACAAGGCAAUGAACUUCUCUGAGGACACCCGGCCCUCACCUUGCUACCAGCUGGCCCAGCGAACCUUCCACACUUUCGAUUUCUAUAAGAAACACCAGGAAACCAUGACUCCAGCUGGCUUGGCCUUCUUCCAGUGCCGCUGGGAUGACUCAGUCACCCACAUCUUCCACCAGCUUCUGGACAUGCGGGAACCCGUGUUUGAGUUUGUGCGACCGCCCCCUUACCACCCUAAACAGAAGCGCUUCCCCCACCGGCAGCCACUACGCUACCUGGACCGGUACAGGGACAGUCAUGAGCCCACUUAUGGCAUCUAUUGAGGGGCCAGAGUGCAUCCACCUCAGAGAGUGGGCUAGGCAGGCAGGAAGAGUGAAGAUGAAGACACAGCUCCUUGGGACCAAGCUGUGGGACUUGGAUCAGGCCGGGAGCUUGGAGUGAAAUGGACUCUCAGGUUGUGGGGCUAGGGGAUGUGAAUAAAGAGGAUUUCUGCUGUG